GAUUUAGAACCUAGUCCCAAAAUCUGUGAAUCUCAGCUCUCUGUCUCUCACUCUCUCCCCGUCUCCACAAGACGAUCUCUGUCUCGCCCAAAUAAAAAUAAAUCUCUCUCGGCUAGAGAGAAAAAUAUAAAAUAUAUACAUACCAUUUGUAUAUGCACAUCCCUCACUUCACUUAUGACUUAACUAUAGAUACACAAAUAGAUACACAAGCAAACUGUAGAUGGAUUUGGAUCUGUGGAUAUCAAAUGUGAAAGACGGGCAACACUUGUCUGAAGAUGACCUUCAGCUGUUAUGUGAAUAUGUCAAAGAUAUCUUGAUUGAGGAGUCAAAUGUGCAGCCUGUCAAUAGUCCGGUUACAGUUUGUGGUGACAUCCAUGGUCAGUUCCAUGAUCUGAUGAAACUCUUCCAAACAGGAGGCCACGUACCAGACACAAAUUACAUUUUUAUGGGAGAUUAUGUUGACCGGGGAUACAACAGUCUUGAAGUUUUCACUAUUCUUUUGCUUCUUAAAGCAAGAUAUCCUGCCAACAUUACUCUCCUACGUGGAAAUCAUGAAAGCAGACAAUUAACGCAGGUCUAUGGGUUCUAUGAUGAGUGCCAAAGAAAGUAUGGAAAUGCUAAUGCUUGGCGUUAUUGCACAGAUGUUUUUGACUACCUAACACUAUCAGCAAUUAUAGACGGAACGGUAUUAUGUGUCCAUGGUGGCCUUUCCCCUGAUGUUAGAACUGUUGACCAGAUUAGAGUCAUAGAUAGAAAUUGUGAAAUCCCACAUGAAGGGCCUUUCUGUGACCUCAUGUGGAGCGACCCAGAAGAUAUUGAAACAUGGGCAGUCAGCCCUCGUGGUGCUGGAUGGCUGUUUGGAUCCAGGGUCACUUCGGAGUACAAUCACAUUAACAAACUUGAUCUAGUUUGUCGUGCCCAUCAACUUGUGCAAGAAGGUCUGAAGUACAUGUUUCAAGAUAAAGGACUUGUGACUGUAUGGUCGGCGCCAAACUAUUGUUACCGAUGUGGAAAUGUAGCUUCAAUAUUGAGCUUCAAUGAGAAUAUGGAGAGAGAUGUGAAAUUUUUCACAGAAACAGAGGAAAACAACCAGAUGCGAGGUCCGAGAACCGGAGUACCUUAUUUCUUAUAAGCAAAGAUGUUGAUGCAUGAUAUUAUUUCAGCAUUAGUCAAUUGCUGCCCAGUUGGUAAAGCAAGAAAUUAUUUGGUUAGCCUAGCCAGGAAUAGGUGGAAGUCUAUCUUCUGAAGCUGGCCUGCUUUUGGAUAGUUGUUUUGUAUCAAAACAAUGUAGUUGUUUAUAAUUAUUUUUUGGGCGUCCAUAAUUAUUUAUAAUCAUGUUACAUUAUGAUUCUAUCUCCGAUUAUAGUAUAAUCUAGUUAGUUUACUUGUUCAUACAUUAAUUAAUAUUUUAUAUCCAGUUUAGAACUGGUAAGCAAAUUUACGAAGCCAUGGUGUUUUUUUUA